GGGAUCCCGGAUCCUCCCUAGGCUCCUAGCGGCGGCUGGUUUCGGAAGAGCUGCAAAAUCGGCAGGGCCUGGUGUUCUGCUCUUUCUUCCCAGCCACUCUUGGGCUGGCCCCCAAGAUCCAGGGAUCCGCAGGAGGGACCUGAGCAGUGGCGCUAGGAUGGGAAACAGUGCCCUCCGUGCUCAUGUGGAAACCGCGCAGAAAACUGGUGUCUUUCAGCUUAAGGAUCGUGGGCUGACCGAGUUCCCCUCAGAGUUGCAGAAGCUGACAAGCAAUCUCAGGACCAUCGACUUGUCCAGCAACAAGAUCGAGAGUCUACCGCCUAUGAUUAUAGGGAAGUUCACUCUACUGAAGAGCCUCUCCUUGAACAACAACAGACUGACUGUUCUUCCUGAUGAGUUAUGCCAUCUGAAAAAGCUAGAGACACUAAGUCUAAACAACAAUCACUUAAGAGAGCUGCCAUCUACUUUUGGGCAACUGUCUGCCCUGAAGACCCUGAGCAUCUCUGGGAACCAGCUGCGAGCACUACCACCCCAGCUUUGUAGCCUACGGCACCUGGAUGUAGUGGAUCUCUCCAAGAACCAGAUUCGGAGCAUACCUGACAUAGUAGGGGAGCUGCAGGUCAUCGAACUCAACCUCAACCAGAACCAGAUAUCUCAGAUUUCAGUGAAGAUAUCUUGCUGUCCUCGCCUUAAAGUUCUCCGUCUGGAGGAGAACUGCCUUGAGCUCAGUAUGCUCCCACAGAGCAUUCUCAGUGAUUCCCAGAUCUGUCUGCUUGCUGUGGAAGGCAACCUUUUUGAAAUAAAAAAACUUCGAGAAUUAGAAGGCUAUGACAAGUACAUGGAGAGGUUCACGGCCACCAAGAAGAAGUUUGCGUGAUGUUCUCCAGGAACAUGGGAACCUUACAGGACACUGGUUGGAACCUUUUGCAAUCUGGCAGAAUCAGAGGUUCCUGCUGUCAAGGAUGUCUGCAGUAAGGAGAUGACCCUCCAGGAGGUUAUAUUUCACUCUGAUCGUUUUCCUUCCCAGGGCUUAUCUCAAAUAAGCUAAAAGGAAUCAAGAGACAGGAAGAGUCCUCCAUUUUAAGUCAUGGAUAGGGCAAAGGACAAUGUUCAUCUUCAAAACCAUCAUUAGUUUGGCUUUAAGAAACCCAGUAGCUAGUUGCUAUUUAUACAGUGAGAGGAUGCUGCCUGGUACCAGAAUAGCUUCACACAACAGCUUGAAAUUUCAUGUGUUUCCUAUGUGCAAGCUUUCAUAAAGUCAGAUGCCAUUCCACUUCUGUGUUAACAUUUUAUAUUUUAUAUUUUAUAUUAUGAAAUUCAAAUAAUUUGUGAGAGGCUGCUAUAGUUAAAGAAUUUAAGAUUCCAGUCCAUCAAUUCAAUUGCAAUGUUUAUACUUGGGAUUUAGGAUGUAUGUAAACACAUGACUCUUUUGAUUAAAAGUGUACUUUGUAGAGAAGCAACCACACAACACUAAGAGAUGUUCCCCAAGGCUGCAGUAGCAAAUUUUUCACUAUUGCAGGUGCCUUAUUGAUAGAGGGCUCUGAAGAGCUAAAACUAUAUAUGCAAAACUUGUAAGAUACAAGGGUUUUAAUAAUCAAGAUUUUCCUGAAGCUUUGUUGGAAACAGUGUCUUAUUUCUGGUAAUCUUUUUGUAUUUAUAACUCAAAUAAUCAAAGUACCUAUCAGAAAACUGCUACAAUAUUUUACAACAACUUAUGUUUAUUAAAUUUAUUCUCUGAAUGAGGGAAUAUAAUAAAAGAUUUUUUAAUGAACUAUGGCUGGAAGAAAGGCUAAUCCUUUCAAGGAAGAAGACAGGAGAACUUUAAGCUGCAAGUAGCCCUUUGAAAGUAAACUGAUUAGGAAGAAAUGUUUCAUGUUCUUGUUCAAGUUGCAAAAGUAGCAAACCGCCUUCAAGUGACUGAUAAACAUUUCUGUGGUCCUGGAACCAUGCUUGGUAAGAGACACAGAAGGUAUAAAGGCAGAUGAUUUCAGAUUGUUACUGAUGAACAUUUAGAAAGCUACCACUCUGUUGUUUUCUAAAGUUUUGUCUUAGCCAAAACCUAGUUUAACUAUUAAGUCACGAGAUCACAAGAACCUAGUGUUUAAUAUGAAGAAAGUCUCUCUGACCUUAAAUCUGGUCUAAGGAAUCUUUUUCCCAUGUUAAUUCUGUUUCACAAUUUGGGGAGGGAUGGCAGUACCAAUUUAUCAUCAUCAAUUGAGUUUUGUUUUUCUAUAAACUGUUUAUGCUUAAUUAAUCUUAUUGAUCUACUGGAACAAUUAGCAUUUCUUUAUUAGUACUUAUUUAAUAAAUUAGAACUUACAAAUUAAA